CCUCAGAUGGGCUUUGAGGAAAUGUGGGGCUUUAACCGACAAACAAUAGCGCUCCUGCAAAUCGCAUUACCUCAAGUCAUUUUUUUGCGUUUUGGGAAACAGACGAAGUGAAAAGGGCUUCUUAAAAGACGCAAUUUACGCCCCCGAAGGCCAGAAAGCAGCGGAAAAAGUACAACAAAAUCUACCGACUCCCAAGUGAAUAAUUUUCAGGUCUGUAGUACUGGCCGAAGGACCGUGUAAACGCGGCUUGUAAAAGGAUCCCACCGUGGUUGGUCGUGGUGUAUAGAGAGGAGCCUACUCAGCUCUCCAGGCUCCUCAGCCAUGGCUCUGCUGGCCUUACCUGAAGAGCCUAUUUAUCCUGCAGUUGCUGAUGGGCUUUGUGUUUGUGGUGAGCGGCCUCAUCAUAAACUUCAUACCAGCUCUGCACCUGCAUCCUCUGGCCGAUCAACAAACAGCUCUACCGCAGAAUCAACUGCCGGCUCUCCUACUCCCUCUGGAGUCAGCUGGUGAUGCUGCUGGAGUGGUGGUCGGGCACAGAAUGCACCCUAUACACCGACCAGGCUACGGUGGACAAGUUUGGCAAAGAGCAUGUCAUCGUUAUCCUCAACCACAAUUUCGAAAUCGACUUCCUCUGUGGCUGGACCAUGUGUGAAAGAUUUGGCGUCUUAGGGAGUUCAAAAGUUCUAGCCAAACAUGAGCUGCUGAAGGUUCCUCUGAUUGGCUGGACCUGGUACUUCCUAGAAAUAGUCUUCUGCAAAAGAAAGUGGGAGGAAGACCGAAAGACUGUCUUCAAAGGACUGAGCAGGCUCAAAGACUACCCUGAGUAUAUGUGGUUUCUUCUGUAUUGCGAGGGCACCCGCUUCACAGAGCAGAAGCACCAAAUCAGUAUGCAGGUUGCAGAGAGUAAAGGCCUACCCAAGCUCAAAUACCACCUACUACCCCGAACCAAAGGAUUCACCACAACACUGCAGUGUCUUAAGGGCACAGUAACUGCUGUGUAUGAUGUGACUCUCAACUUCAAAGACAACCAAACUCCCACCCUGCUGGGCAUCGUCAACGGAAAGAAAUACAAGGCUGACAUGAGCGUAAGGCGGUUCCCUGUGGAGGACAUACCAGAUGAUGAAAAGGAGUGCGCCAGCUGGCUGCACAAGCUCUACCAGGAGAAGGAUGCUUUACAGGAACUCUACAACAAGGAAGGCAAAUUCCCCGGACCCACAGUAAUCCCAAGUCGCCGACCAUGGACGCUGCUGAACUUCCUGUUUUGGGCCACCCUGCUGCUCUCUCCCCUGAUCAACUUUGCUUGUGGUGUGGCCGUCAGUGGCUCCCCUCUCCUCAUCAUUGGCUUCAUCAUAUUCCUCAUCAUAGCCUCCAUAGCUAUCCGCCGCCUCAUAGGGGUCACCGAAGUGAAGAAAACAGGCUCCAGUUACGGAAACCAAGAGGCCAAGAAACAAAACUAAAGUGUGUCACACCCCCACCCCCCACCACCUGUGUACGGCCGUUUCUGUGUGGCACCUGCGGUGUCUCACCCCUACCCAACUCCAUUCUCCUCCUACUGUUGAGUCAGUUGGUAGGCUGGGGAGGAGACCCAGCUGUGAAAACAUAAAAGAGACCAGAGUUAGAAAUACAAAUAGCACUAGAGUGAGAGAGAGAGAGCAUGGAAGGUCUGGGGGUUCAAGCUCUCUGGUGUAACACAGAACAAAAGGAGGGGGAGAUGAGGUAACCGUAUUCUGCUGCAUUUUUCUUAAUCCACUUAGUCCCCAUCCCAGCCCCUUUUAAAUCCUGGUAACACCAGAAGUCAAGUUCCUAACCUGUCUGAGGUCACAUGGACAGCUAGUCCACCCAUUUUCUGCUCUGCACUACCUCCCUCACGCCUCCUGUCACAGUCAUCAGCUGAUCAGGGAGUGGGGGCAUGCUCUUUCUUUUUUGCCCGCAGAACACAAACCGAUCCAUAACUGUUCUUUUUGUAAUCUUAACCUCCAUCCAGGGGCAGUGCGUUACUGCAACAGCAAUCUGUACUAGACAGGGCGUCUCCCUCCCUUUUUUCACUAAGUGGGACUUGUAAUGGGAACCGGUGCCUUGAGGCCCAGCCUGGUUUCAUUAAUCUUAAAGGGUCAAUUCACCUAAAUCACAAAAAAUAAAAAAUGUACCAUUUAACUUCUUUGUAUCUAGCAAUGCAGAUAGUUUUGGUUUUUAUAUGCUCAAGGUCUAAGAUAACUGCCACUGAGGUUUCCACUACCAUACCAAAAAAUGGAGGUGAGUAUAGUUUUGUUCAUGGUGCUCAGAUCAUUGUAAAAGUACAGUAUAUUGGAAAAACUUGACAGCAGAGCGUCUUCCCAGAAACAGUGUCUGAGUUACUUGGAUAAUUACUGACAGUUUUCAUGAAUGUAAAGAAUAGUGGAAACUGUCCACAUUGACAUCGCUGAAUUAUCCAAGUAGUUAGCAGAUUGUUUCUGUGAAGUGACAUUACUCUUGAGUUUUCCAAAUACCAUUUUAUGUAAUUUGAGCACCACCAGUGACAUCCAGUUCACCUCAAUUGUAUUAGGUUAUGAGCAGAAGACUCAAGGCAGAGACCUCAAAAUAUAAAUCUCACAUCAUCUUCAGGGCUAGAUAUCGCAAGGGUAAAGUGGGGAAGAUCAUUUUUUUACUUUAAUCUCCUGAUCUUGGUGAAGAGACCCGUUAACGUCCUGGUUUGGAGAUGCUGGUGUCUGUUAAACUAUAUCAAGGGCUCUACAUGUGAAAAAUGUCCUUAUCAAGGAUACCUACCAUCUGUUACAGGUCUCAUUUGUAGCCCGCAGCACCAACAACCACAGAUUCAUUCAAAAUCAUUUCAGUUCUCUAUUCCUAUUUUCACCUGCUUUACACAAAUAGGAAUUUGCAUACAUGUUAUUAUCUUUAUUUUUGUUUUUAAACGUAGCUGGACCAUCCCUGAAACCCUAAAUGUGAUUUUUAGUUCAACCAGCAAUCCCAGUCUGAACACUGAAGCAGUCCAACACACCACUCCCCCUCUGAUGCCAGUUAAAGUGCAGCUCAAACUGCUCGGGUUGACGUGACUGUUCUGCUGUUGAAUGGCAGUGGACACAGAUUCCAGAAAAAGGUCACCAACUGUCUUCAUGUAGCCUCACAGCUGUUAGCAUAUUGUUUUGCUUUCCUGAUAUAGGCUGUAGUAGUGAUGUUUUAACCUUUGCCUUAAAUCAAGCUUGCUCAGGCAAGGGAUUGCUUUAUUCGCCAGCCCUUUAAAACAGCACCCUCCUUUUACCUCUCUUAUGUUUGAAUUUUCACCCUCUCCUCCUCCCAUUACAACAGUGCAUGGUGGAGUAGCGCACAUUCAUUUGGUUUGAUCACCAAAAUGAAUGAGUAAUUGAAAACCAUUAUUAGUCUUUAAAGUGGAAAGUUAGGAAGGUGUUGGUUUUAAUUAAAGGCGUCUGCGUAGAUUGUCAUUAGUCAAAGAAAGCUGCUAACGCGUCAUCUGCAGGGCAGCUUUGUUUUUUUGGAUGUCAGCACAGCAACACUUGACCAUUGUUGGUGCGCUUUCAGUGACACAUAUUUACCAAUUUUAGAAUUGGUCGUCCCUAAGUUGGUUGUUUUUAAUUGUCUCAGACUAAAUGUUGCUGCUGCAGUACAUGAGAUGAUCUCUCCCAGUGUGACGAGCCACAUUUCCUGGUCCCCAAAAACAAAAAGUGGUAGCAAGAUAUGGAGGGAAUAUUUUGUGUCCUGCUCUCUCCUCCCCUCUCCCCUCACGUGCCACACAUAGUUUAAAUCUCAUAUUUUGUUUCAUUGGUUUAAUUUUUUGAGAUCAUCACUCCUCAGCAGCAAUAUGUUGUGUACCUUCUGUAGAGUUUUCUCAAUCCAGACAGAUUUCAUGCAAGCCUUAAUAGACAGCGCUGCUUAAAUUUUGUGUGAAAAUGUAGAUCGCUAACUGAGCCCCUGUUGUAGUGAAGGAUCGAAAUGUUGAAAAUGUCCUCCAGUAUGGCAAGCAAGUUGCUGGGAUUAGCUGUCAAGUGACUUGUUCUAGAGUUUUAGCAUAAAGAAAUAAAGAGAACUGAAAAUGGAGAACUGAGAAAGUCCAGUCCGUAAUUAAUCCACACUCUUUUUACACAAAGAUUCUUGGAGUUGCAUUACCUCAGAUAUUUGUGAAAAGCGUUAGGAUUUUAGCCCAUUAGCAUUUCCUUCAAGAGAUCCAUUUUUCCUUUAGAUAAAAAUGCACUCCAAUCCAUCCUGUCACUCGGUAAAAAUCAUUUUCCAAAGCAGAAAGGAUUCAGAGAAGUUCAAAUCAGUAUUUAGAGCAUUUUUUUUACACUGGAUGUUUUAUAUUCAGUAAAGAAAUAUAACUAACCUGUGGCUGCUUUUUUUCUUUUCUGAAUUCUCUACUGGAAUCGAAUAACUUUUCAAAUUGACACCAUUUAAUGACUUUUUUAAAUCACAAAGAUAAUUCAGUCAGUGGCACCUCUUGCGUUAGCUUUUGUUUUCUAAGGCUAUUUUUAUGUUUUCUUCAAUUAAAACACUUGAGAAUAUUAAAGGAUUUAAUCACAAA